AUGCCUGCAAGAGCCAAUAAACCUGCUGCUACUAAGCACAAGAGAAUGCACAGCGAUGUGCCGGACGGUCCGUCCAAGCGCGUUAACAUAAGCGAGGGCGAUACACCCUUCAUCUUGGAAUCAGAUGCAGAAGAGCUUGUCGAGCACUAUUCGCAUGAGAGACUAAAGACGCUCGUGGUGAAGUUGCUCGGAGACCCCGUGGCAGGUCCGAUCGUCUCGAGGGAGUUGGGGUUGAACGAGCCAACGGAUAGUUUCUUGGCUGGUAUUCCGGAUGAUGUUUUGCAGGAGGUUCGAUCUGAAACGAAGUCCGAAUGCGAACGGAUCAUGCGAGAAGCUCGGGAUACAGCGUCUGCGCUGGCGAGCAGAGCCGAGGGCAUGGGGUCCAAGAGCACGGUGACGCUUGGUGCCUGGCCACGCGCGCUGGAAGAUCAUCUUCCGAAUAUCAGGGCGCUGAUGGAACGAGGUGCCAUGGUGGAUGGGCCGGCGUUGGCGUGGACGGCAGUGCUCAGUGUGGCGAAGUCUGCUAUUCACGAGUGGGAUCGGGGCAUGGCGAAAGUGGAAGGCGAUGAGAGUGAUUGUGAUUGGUUCCAUGAGGAUGUCGAUGAUUUGAUGUUGGAUAUUCUUGUCGCGCAGAAGGCUAUUGAGCGCCAGCAGAACGUUGAUCCGGAGUGGGUUGAUGGAGGGAGGUACGACGAGAUCGUCCACUUGAUGGUACGAGCGAAGGGUAGAGAUGGGCCGUGUAUGUAUCGGUAUCCGCGGACGAUGCGCUACAUUGAUGAAGGGGUGAUUCUGCCGAUGGUGCAGAAUGAGAUUGUGUGGGCUAGUAAGGCGAAUAGGAAGUCUGCGCCGACUGGUGUGAAGAUGGCUGGUGAGGAUGAUGAUAAUGAGGAGGACGAAGAGGAUGACGAUGAAGAGGGGGAGGACGAGGACGAGGAGGACCAUGCCGACAAUUAUAACAGGUGGCUAGGGCUCGCUGUGUUGACAUCAGCUGGAGACGGUGGUGCUUCAUCUCAGACUGCCCUUCCCAAUGCUCCUCUUCUCCAGUCGGAUUUCUCUGCUCUGACCUUCGGCUACAGAGCAGUAUUGGGCGCCUCACAACAGUUAGUUGUGGUCGGGCAGAGUGGUCAUUCACCACCACCACCACCACCACCACCACCAGUCGAAUUGUACCUCACCUCAUUACCACUUUCGGCUCUCCGCCUGGUGAAUUAA